AUGGCUCGUAUGGUCACUAACAGUCGUAUCGGUCUUUCUCGCUCUCUUAGCGGAUGGCGACGUCUUCCAGGCUCUAAUUUUGACAAUAAAGUAUUGCAAGAACUUCCGAUUGAUUCUGAACCUCGAAAUUUUGUGCGCAGUUCCGUUCCCCGUGCGUGUUUUUCUCGUGUAAAGCCCACACCAAUUAUCAAUCCGGAAUUGGUCGUGAUUUCUCCUAAUUCCUUACUUUUAGCUGGUAUUGAGCUAAAAGAUAAUGUUCAUCAGGGUAAAUACCUAGGAAUUAAUGCUAAAAAUCAAGAUAUUAAGGGUGAAGACGAUAAUUUUGAACCACUGGACACUCUUGUGCCAAUUUUAGCUGGCAAUACAUUGCUUCCAGGCUCCGAGACGGCGGCUCAAUGUUAUUGCGGCCAUCAAUUUGGAUUUUUCUCGGGACAAUUGGGAGAUGGAGCUGCUGUUUAUCUGGGUGAAGUGGUGACUGGAGAUGAACGGUGGGAGGUGCAGCUUAAGGGGUCCGGACUCACUCCUUAUUCUAGAACGGCUGAUGGCAGAAAAGUGCUGAGAUCGACGUUACGAGAAUUUUUAGGCAGUGAAAACAUGUUUGCUCUAGGAGUGCCAACUACUCGCGCAGGGAGUGUAGUAGUGUCCAGAGAGACUCAAGUGUUACGAGACAUUUUCUAUAAUGGCAACACCAAGAUGGAGCCGACGGCGGUGGUUACGAGAAUUGCAAAGAGUUUCUUGAGAUUUGGCACUUUUGAGAUUUUUAAGGACAAAGAUCAUUUCACGGGUCUUGCAGGGCCAAGUGCCCAUGUGGAACACAAAGAGGAGAUGAUGAGACAGAUGCUGGACUUUACUAUCAUACAAUAUUUCCCGGAGAUAAAAGGAGGAGACAAGUAUGAAAAGUUUUUUGAAGAAGUGGUGCGUCGUACGGCAAAGCUCGUGGCAAAAUGGCAGACAAUUGGGUUCUGUCACGGUGUGUUGAACACAGACAACAUGAGCAUCGUGGGUGACACGCUGGACUACGGUCCGUUUGGCUUUAUGGAGCACUUUAAUCCAAAGCACAUAUGCAACACGUCAGAUGACCGCGGUCGCUACCGCUAUGAGGCCCAGCCUGAAAUUUGCAAGUGGAACUGCAGUGUACUAGCUGAUCAGCUUGGAUUGGUGGUAGAUCGUGCACGACUUGAUUCUGCCCUAGCGGCGUUCGAAAGAUAUUACGAAGAAGAGUAUAUGCGUUUAAUGCGUGAAAAACUUGGCAUUGCAUCGCCUCAUCUUGCAGAGGACAAGAUGCUUGUGGAUACGUUGUUUGACGUGCUGGCCCAUACUGGUGCGGAUUUUACUUGUACGUUCCGGAACCUUUCGAGACUUGACGCUUUCGACUCUGGUGAGUCUCGUGAUGUUGUGCUGAACCAACUUGUGGCACUGUCGGAGACCUUGGGUCAGCGGAAGCGAAAAUUGGAGCAGGAAUCAGUUGGAGUCUCAGAUGCCCAAUUUGACAUGAUCGUGAUGAUGCUUCAGGAUAAUCCUGGGCGUGCUAGUCAAUACGGAAUUACUCCUGCCUUGGUCUCUCAGAUGAAGGCCAAUCGUGAAGCAAAGAAGACACUUGACGCAACUACCGAAGAUGAACGCAUGAAUAGUAUUCGCGUUGCGUGGGAAGACUGGAUUGAUGUUUACAUCUCGCGAAUCAAGGAAACAGGAAAUGCUGCUAGCGAUGGUGAGCGUCGUAGCCGCAUGCUCGAGGUCAAUCCAUUGUUUGUGCUACGAAACCAUGUUGCUCAAAAGGCCAUCGAUUUGGCCCAUGCAGGUGACUAUGAUGGCGUUCAACAUAUUUUUGAGCUGCUGACGCACCCGUUUGAUGAGCCCAGUGACGAAAGUGAUCUCGAGUAUGCUCGGCCGCAAGAUCCGUCAACUGCCCCGCUUUGUGUAUCGUGUUCGUCGUAG